ACCAAUAUAAAAUAUGAACAUAUCUGGGAUGUGGUCUUAAUUACUUCACAAAGACAACUCUUAGUUUGGAAAACACAAGAAAUUAGUGCACAAAGAUCACGUAUGAAAGAUAUAAUACAAAAGAUAGAAAAUUUAAUAAUUGAUGCUCAAACCCAUCAAAUAAAUUUAGUCUUUGGUGAUAUAUUUAAAGAAAAUGAAUUAUUUAAACAUAUAUCAAAAGAUGCAGUACAGAUUGUUAGAUUUUUUCAUAAUUCUACAUAUUUUAUGGGUAUUUUAUGGGAGGAACAAAUAAGAAUCUGUAAAAAAAAUAUUUCAUUGAUAUCUCCUGGAGAUACUUGCUG